AUGGCGACCCGCCGCAUCGACGCACUCUACUGCACCCGGGAGACGGCCGAGGCCGUCGUGAGGGCCACGCAGCAGGAGACGCUGCGGCGGGCGGCGGAGGUGAAGGAGGAGGUGGCCAGCGUGAUCGCGGCGCGGAUCCAGGCGCUGCAGCAGCGGCAGGAGGAGCUCCGCGGGUUGGUGGACCAGCUGUCCUCGGCGAAGACCCAGGCGCUGGAGGAGCAGCUGGCGGAGAUCCAGUCCGGCGUCGCGGCGCCCGCCACCCCCGAGGGCCACGACGCCCCCGUGGAUCCCAACCUGUUCUUCCUCAAGGCGGACGCCGUGUUCAACUUCAAGAUCGGCGAGGGCGACUUUUUGGAGAGCAUCGCCAGGCUCGGCGUCGUCGGGGAUUCGUCCACCUAUGCGUCCAGGAGCUACGCCAAGGGCCCCGCGCUGAGCGUCCUCAAGGCGGGCAACCAGUCCUACCUGUGGGUGUACACGUGCGACAAGGACGGCCGCCGCCGCGCAGAGGGGGGGGACAGCGUGGUGGUGUCGCUGUCCCACCCGGAGGAGUUCGCCGAGCUGCAGGUGGAGGACGCGAAGGACGGCAGGUACAAGGUGGUGCUGGUCCCCUGCACGCCCGGCCAGUACACCAUGCGCAUCGCGGUGGGGGCUCCCGGCGCGGAGGAGGAGAUCGCGGGCGGCGCCUUCCCGCUCGAGGUGUGCCCGCCGACGGACUACCUGACCCUCGGGCGGGAGCCGUACGGCCGUGGGAAGCUCUGCAGCGCCAGCGGGUCCUCGCAGCCGGGGUCCGUGAGGCACCCGAGCGGCCUGUGCUUCGAUCAGAGCGGCAAGUUCGCCCUGAUCGUCGACCAGAGCAACAACCGCAUCCAGGUCUUCAGUACCCAGGACAUGCAGCUGGUCUGCUGCUACGGCAAGAAGGGGCUGACCAGUGGCUGCUUCGACUCCCCUUGCGACAUCUGCGCGGACACGGAGAACCGGGUGGUGGUAUCGGACUUGCUCAAUCACCGCGUCCAGGUUCUGGAGUUCAACCCGAGGACGUUCACGCUUACGCACGUCCUGACCAUCGGUCAGAAAGGCACAGGCCCAGGCCAGUUCCAAUUCCCGAAGGGUCUCAGCAUCACGGAGCACGGACACCUCGUGGUAUGUGAUUCGGGCAACCAUCGGAUCCAGGUGUUCAGUGUCGCCGAUGGCUUCUCCCUGGUGCGUGUGAUCGGGUGCCAGGGUACUGGCGAGGGUCUCUUUAACUCACCGCUGGCGGUGGCCUCCAACUGCGCUGGCGAGCUGCUGGUGUCUGACGCUAGCAACAGGAUCCAAGUAUUCGACACCAACGGAGCGUUCUUGCGCUGCUUCGGUUCGAAGGGCCGGAAGGACUGCAUGUUCAACUACCCGACCAGCAUGUACGUGAACGACGAGAACGUGCUCUUCGUCUGCGACCAGGCCAACCACCGCGUGCAGGUGCUCAGUGCGGCCGACGGCAGCUUCAUACACAAGUGGGGCGGCGCAAAGAAGAAGCCGGCCGCGGGCGAGGAAGAGGCCGCGGCGGAGGCGGCAGAGGGCGAAGAGGGCGGCGAGCCCAAGGUCGAGUGGAUCGGCCUGAAGAGCCCCGCGGGGGUCGCCAUGAGCCCGAGCGGCCUGGUCCUGGUCUCGGACUCCCAGGACAAUGACAUCUACAUGUUCUGA